AUGAAUUUACACAAAUCAAGGACAGCCACAUUCGACCUAAUCAAUGAACCCGAGAACGCAAAUGCACUAUCCAAGACUCAUGACUUUGUUUGCAUACAGGAACCUUGGACCGAUAGGGUAGGAAACGCACGGAAAGGCUCGCGAUGGCACAUUAUCUACCCCACGUCAAGACUCAGCAUGGAGAGUGGAGUGUUACUACGAAGCAUAAUCCUCAUCAACCGGAAAAUCUCCAGCAAUGUCUGGCGACAGAUUGAUGUCCCGGGUACGAAUGAUAUCACAGCGAUACUACUAACUGGCCCCUUUGGAAAGCUAGGGAUCUUCAACAUCUACAACGACGGUAAACACUCAAUCACACUAACAAUUUUAAAGCAUGCAAUG